UGUAUUUAUGACUUUGAGAUUGCCACAUCGCUUGAUUAGUAAAAAUAUUGGUUCCGAUGACCGUUUCAUCAGGCAGCGUUUUUUGGACAGUUAUGUCAACACAACGCGCCAAAGCAUGAUCAAACAGCGCUAGUGCCAACAUCCUCGAACGAAACAUUAAAAUGGUUGACUCAUAGCAUUGGUUUUUCACGUUUGCGUCUAGUAUCCAACAAAGUGGCUUUAGGAGCAGAAAAAUGUUAAUGUUGAUAAUAUUGUAUUUCAUUUCAUUUCCCGUAUUGACUACCAGGUUAGUCAAAGGUGAAACGACAAUGGAUUCUAAGUCACCACAACCUAUUAUCAGCUCCAGAGUUGUACGCACCAAAUAUGGUGACAUCAGGGGGUUCAUAGUUACACCUGAGUCCAGGUUUUUAGAACCGGUAGAAGUAUUUAGGGGAAUCCCAUAUGCUUCACCACCCGUAGGUUCCUUGAGGUUUAUGCCACCGGUGUCAGGAGCUCAAUGGUCGGGAGUUAAAAUUGCAGAAGAAUUUAGCCCAGUUUGCCCUCAAGUGCUUCCAGACAUAAGGAACGAAACAGCGGUUCUGAAGAGAAUAUCAAAAGGAAGGUUGGAAUAUUUGAAACGCAUACUUCCCUUUUUAACAAACCAAGCUGAGGAUUGUUUAUAUUUGAAUAUCUACGCGCCAGCCCAAGCUGGCGUACGAGAUGCUGUUGCCAGAUACCCGGUGCUGGUGUUCGUGCAUGGAGAAAGCUACGAAUGGAGUUCAGGAAACGCUUACGAUGGCUCUGUGCUCGCGUCGCAUGCCGGCCUUGUCGUUGUCACUAUCAACUACCGCCUAGGGAUUCUAGGAUUUCUUAACCCACGUUCAGAUGAUUACCCUCGCUCACCAGCAAAUUACGGAUUAAUGGACCAAAUCGCAGCCUUGCAUUGGAUCAAAGAGAAUGUAGCAGUUUUCGGCGGUGACCCCACUAACGUCACGCUCAUGGGGCACGGAACGGGCGCAGCCUGCGUCCAUUUUCUACUUACUUCGCUGGCUGUUCCUGAGGGUCUACUCUUUCACCGAGCCGUACUUAUGUCAGGGUCUGGCCUUAGUCCAUGGUCACUCGUAGCUGACCCAAACAAAUACGCUGCCAUAGUAGCGACACAUGCAAACUGCUCUCCAGAACUCACUCCUCCGGCACUUCUUAGAUGUUUACGGGAGCGACCGCUAGAAUCACUUAUGUCAGCACCAGCGCAAGCACCAGAUUUUUCUUAUGCAUUUGGACCUAGCGUUGAUGGAGUCGUUAUUGAUACUGGCGAUCUUCUAAUUAACCCAGAAAAUGGCUAUGACUGGGGAGGACAACCUAAACAACCCGUGGGCAAGCAAACGCAGAACGCGAUCAACAUCAUCAACGCCGUCUUGAUGCGCAAGAGUGCAGUUGCUCAGCUGACCAAGUACGACCUGAUGCUGGGGGUGACAAAGGCCGAAGCCUACUUCGCAUUCAGCGGCGACGACGUACAAUACGGAAUAGAGGCUGACAGAAGAUCCAAAAUAUUGAGGUCUUUUGUUAGAAAUACAUAUAGCUACCACUUAUCGGAAAUUUUGGCUACAAUCAUUAAUGAAUACACCGAUUGGGAGCGUCCAGUGCAACACCCUAUAAAUAUAAGAGAUGAAACUUUAGAGGCGCUAAGUGACGCCCAAGUAGUGGCUCCGAUAGUUUUGACUGCGGACACACAUUCUGCAUUGAGACGUAAUUCAUAUCUGUAUGUAUUCGACUAUCAAACGAAAUACGGAGACUAUCCACAGCGUCAAGGCUGCAUCCAUGGCGAAGAGCUGCCCUACAUUUUCGGCGCUCCGCUUGUGGGCGGGCUGGCACACUUCCCUCGGAAUUACACUAAAGCUGAAGUUGCAUUAUCCGAAUCAGUUAUGCUGUACUGGGGAAACUUCGCCAAAACUGGAAAUCCCAAUGAAGCUCAAGAAAGUGAUCCCAUACGUGCCGGAAGACAAGAACGGGCAAGGAUGAAGAACAUUGAAUGGACGGCUUAUGAGGCAGUACACAAGAAGUACAUUAGCAUAGAUACAAAGUCCAAAUUAAAAAAUCACUACCGGGCCCACAGGCUUUCAUUCUGGUUGAAUCUUGUACCAGACCUUCACCGACCAGGGGGAGAAGAUGUUCCGUCGUCCCAUCACCAACUUGACAAUGACGAUUCGUCUCUACAACCGACUAUAAAAACAUACAUCCCGCCGCUUAAGAAAACGACUGAUUUAGUGCUAAUAGAUACAGGAGUUCCGACUAAGUUACCUAUUCUGAACGUAAAUAAUAUAACUUCUCCAUUAAACAUUAAUAUUAUUGGAGUAAUUGCUCCCACUCAAAGUACGGCAGGAGGUACAGAUGUUCAUAAAUUAGAAACACCUACAAACUCCGUACCAGAAGAUGGAUUUGCGGCAUACUCGACUGCAUUAAGCGUGACUAUAGCUAUAGGAUGCUCGUUAUUAAUUCUUAAUGUUCUCAUAUUCGCGGGCGUGUACUACCAAAGAGACAAAACAAGAAUGAAUGGUCAAGAUGCUCACGCGAAUGGCUCGCAUUUAAAAAAACGAGUCGAAAAUGGUCAGAUGCCUAAUAAUAUUUGCGGAGAUCUUGAAGGAGCGCUUUCUUAUCAAACGAGCCUCAAAACCGAUCCAGCAACGAUACUCGGUCACCACCAUACACAUUCACAUCACCAAUUGCCUCCGCCCGAGUUCGCAGAUUUGCCAAGUAAUAAUGUAACAAGUAUGGCUACAUUGCCCCGCGCACCACCUCCGCCCAAGUUGGGAAAAAGUAAUAUAAAUACACUGGCCAGCGGCCAGUUGCCUGAGAAUCAGCCGUUACUCUCUGCACAUCAAAUGCAGAUGAUAAACACCAAUACUUUGACUAAAAAAAACACACAGUUGAACUCCAAGUCGAACGUGACGAUGGAGGAGCUGCGUGUGUGACGCCAGCGCGCCUGACUGCAACGGGCGGGCAGUUGCAGCGACGUGGUUCAUCACGACGAGAUUGUGUGACUUGAGCCGGACCUUCUCAAGUGUCUUACAGAUUACAUAUAGUCUGACGAGUUAUCUCGGUGCCACUUUGAAGGUGAAUCUUGACUGACUGUUCAUUCAAAUCGAUGAAGAUAUAGUAUAGUGUAAUUCAAUACACCGUGGGGUAAGUAUAAUUAUUGCCGUAAACACAUGAAACGUAGUAAAACUACAGUGAACUAAAAGUGCAAAGAAGCACUAGUGUAGUUAAGUUGAAACUAAUAUAGUUAUAAAUGAUUGUAAAUAUAAAUAAUUAUGUAAAUACAAAGUCCUAUUGGUAUGUAAAUAUAUAUGUAGUAGACAGUUCAGUGGCAUAUCCAUCCUUAUAACAACUAUUUUAAUUAUAAUAGGGUGAGUUAGUAUUAAUGACUGUAUGGCGUGUGUAAUAGUGGUGAUUUCAGUCUUUUAUUAAAUCAUUCUUAAAAUUACGUUUUAGUUAACAGAUUAUGUUUUGGCAAACAUUUAAUAGUAGACUGAAAUAACGAAUCGGUGAAUUUAGUAAAAUAUUACCUAAUUAAUAGCGUCGAUCAUAAUUUUUUAAAUAUUACAGAACACCAACUUAUUGCUGCUAUAUACUAAUUAGUAGAAGCUAUAAUCGAUUUGUCACUACUAAUGUACGAGUAAUAGUUGUGUAAAUGUAAUCAUAUAUGAGCUGAAUUAGUUAUCAACUGUAGAAACAACAUUUUCAGAUAGAAAAAUGCUAUAAUACCUUUAUUAUUGUAAGUAACAACUAGUGACAGUGUGUAUUUUUAAGAUUGUACAUAGAGUUAAUUAUAAAAUAAACUAUAACUUUUCAGAUAAUAAUUUGAAUUUAUAGCCGGCAGUGAAAACAAACUCGGAUAAUUAAUAAAAUUUUACAUGUACCAUUCAAUUAUAGUCUUGUUUCAAGAAUUAAUGUGAUUUAAACAAGGUUAGCAGGUUAAAGUGUAUUAUUGACAUUUUACUUAUCAAUCUGUGUGGGUAAAUAGUUAGUAGGUUCUUAUACAAUUUUGCACAUGAUUGUAUCAAUAACAAGCCAAUCUAAUGCCUACCGAAUCAUUAUACAUAUAGGUACGAUGUAGGUAAUACUUGUAAUGUUUUCCCUAAUCGAAUUGCGAAAUGAUUAUUAACUAGUUACUCAAUAAAUUACCUACAAUUUUAAACGAUGUGUCCUAAGGUUCCGUUGCAUCAAAACCGUCUGAUGCCGAAUUUAGUGUUCGCUAAAAUUUGUGUCAUGGGAAUAUUCCAUAAACUUCAACUGCGUGACAAUGACUGUGUUUGAUGCAACUGGCUCUAAGUACCUACCUCUCAGGCUUUGUAGAAAAGAUUUGCCUUCGUAUUGUUACGGAAACGUACGAAUUUCAGUCAGUGCAAGAUGUACUGACAUUGACUGAACUAUAUUGACAAAUACGAAAGAAAACGUUUUCGCAUUACAUCUGUAAGUACGAUUCCGCGUAUUCAAGUAUCUGAGAGAUACGUUUUAGCGCAGAUCAGUGUGCCUUAGUGAUCUAAAAGGAACUCAAUCAGAGAACACUGCCACGAAAAAAUGAUUUUUUUGUUUCUACAGUUAAUAACUACUUUUUUUGUUUCUGACAUAGACGGACCAAUAGUUAUAUGUAAAUAUGUAAAUAUAUUAAGAUAAUCCUGUAUCAGGCAGUAAGUAGGGUUCCCUUUUUAUUUUAUUACAAUAAGUACUUAAAUUGUGACUGAAUUGAAGUAUCUAUACGUAGUACCUAAUUAAACAAUUAAAGACAGUUAGAGUUCAAUAUAAAUGCACUAUUAUUAUUCUUCUCAGUAGGCCAUUUUCAGACACAUCA